AUGGGAGGUAGAGGAAGCAAGUUAAUUAGUAAUUGGGUUGCUGCAGGUGGCAGUGCUUACAACUACAAGCGCAUAGAAGGCCCUCUAUCGGCACCAAAAGGUUAUGUUCCAAUCUGUGUUGGCACAAAUGAUGACACUUGUAGGCGUUUUAUUGUUCACAUCAGAGCACUUCGUGGUGCAUUUUUCUGUGAGCUUCUAGGUAAGUCUGCAGAAGAAUAUGGGUACAUGAAUGAAGGGGUUUUGAGGAUCCCAUUUGAAGCACAAGCUUUUGAAGAGUGUUUCAUUAGAAAGACCAACCGAAAGCCCAAAAUUAAGUUCUUGAGGGUAAAACCAACUUGA